GGUAGAACUUUUAAGUUCGUGCCGUUUUACGUUUAUGUGACGCUUGUUGCGGCCUCCAUUUGUGCGUGGAUUUUAUUUCGUCUACAUUUUUCAGCCCUUUACAUAAGACUGGACUCCACUUAGGAACAAUGUCCUUCAAUCGAGGAAUGAAAAGGGAUUCCUUCGGGAAUAGAAACUUCAAUAACCGUGGCGGAGGCGGCGGCGGAAGUGGCGGCGGUGGAGGUGGUGGAGGCGGCGGAGGAAAUAUGGGGGGCGGUGGUGGAGGAAUGUCUGGAGGUGGCGGCGGUGGAGGUGGUGGUAUGAAUCCCUGGGAAAGUGGCAUGAUGCCUGGAAGAGGAAUUCUACCAACGCCAAACAAUAAUCUGUCUCUAGCAUCACCACAGGCUCAACUUGCGAUAGCUAGUAAUCUCCUGACGAAUCUUCUUCGUAGUCAACAGGAUACACAGCCACAAUAUCCUACACGAAAGGUACCAUCCCUGCUGAGCCUUGGAAAUAAUUUUGGUGGCCCAGGCCCAAAUUUCCAUGGUCAGCAGAACUACUCUCCUGGACGCUACAACGAUCGUCCCAUGAGACAUCCAAUGAAGAAUAAUCGUCCUCAACCUUACAACAAGAUGGGCAAUAAUCGCGCCCGAGACGGCGUCGUUGGGCGACGUGGCCCAUCCGCACAACAAUCUCGUGCACCCCAGUCCGGAAACCAACGUAUGAACGGAAACCAAAUUCAGCAUCGCAACGAUAAAUCUUCUAAACCAAUUCCUGCCUCUAAACAAAAUCAGACUGCCAAAAAGGAACAGCAGGAUGUUAAGACCUCUGAUAACGAAAAGGCAGAAACACCCGUUGUCAAAAGUGAGAAGGGCAGUAAUGAUGCUCCGGAGGAGAAGAAAGCAGAAGUGAAGGAAGAAAAGGAGGAGAUAGCCGAGGCUACUCCAGCAGAGAAAAUUGAAGGUGAGGAAGAACCAAAGGAAUCUGCUGCAAGUGAGGAAACUGAGCAGACUGAGUCUACUCAGCAGCAGACUUCUUCAAAGGAAGAGAAUGAGCCAGUUCAGGAUAAGGAUAAAGAGAAAGAUAAGGAUAAGGAUCCUAAAGCGUAUGGAAAAAAAUCUGAGGCAAGACAUGCAGAGAGUCGAUAUGCUGAGGUUCCUAUGAAUCGAAUGUUUUGUCCUGUUUGUAACAAGCAUAUGUGGGAUGGAUAUUCAUUUGAGAAUCAUCUUCGUGGACGAGCUCAUCAACUGAUGAUGGAUAAAUUAGAUGAAUCCUAUAAGCUUAAGGUGGAUCUGAUGCGUCAUGAGUUAAGAGUUGCCGAAGAGCAACGUGAACUUACCUUAAGUAAUUCUAAACGUCGUGGAAAAAAGCUUUCCGUAGACCUUAAUGUCAGAGAAUAUUGCACAAUGUGUGACUUGAACUUCUACGGUACUUUGUCGAGUCAUCGAAAGAGCGAGAAGCAUCAACAGUUAAAAACAUUUUUGCAUCCAAGAUGUUUCCCAUGUGUCAAGGAAUUCCCAUCUCGUAUAGAAUAUGACGAGCACUGUCUUACACCAGCGCAUAUGAAGAAUGCUGUUCAAAAUGAGGAGCAGAGAAAGAACAAGAAGAAAGAGAAAUUAGCCAAGGGUGAGGCUGAAGUUCGCACUGCUGAAGAUGAAGAGAAAGAUAUCGGAGUAGAACCCAAGACUGAGAAGGAUGAAGAACCUCAGCCUGCUGAGAAUACAGUUUUUCUUACAGAUAUCACUGAUGAUAUUACUGAUACAAAAUACAAAGUACCAUCUUUUAAGCAUUGUCGUCAAAAUCAAAUUGCCAUUGGUAAGUCUCUCGUGAAAGAGGUCCAGGGUUAUUAUUGUGAGAAAUGCCGACGUUUCAUGAUGACAUCAGAUGACAUGACAGCUCAUCUCCGUACCAUAACUCAUUAUCGUAACUUUGUGCAAGAGGUAAAAGCAUUGACCUCAACUCCUGGAAAUGCCACAACGAAGACGUUAGACGAAUCUGAGACCAACGAGAAGGAGACACAGAAUGAGAACGAGGAGGAGGAAGAAGAGGAUGGUCCAGGAAGCUGUAAGAGACGUAAGACCUCAAAUUCUGAAGAGAACAACGAAGAUGUUUCUGAGACAGCCAACGAAACGAGUAACGGAAGCGCCUUGGCAGCAAAGAAAUCCGACGGUGAUGAGAAAUACGAUCCUUUGGAGGCAGAUGCUGAGUCUGAAGAGGACGAAAGUAAUCGAUUAAAUCCGGAACAGAGUCAAGCGGAAGUCCAGGAUGCUGAGAUUAAUCAAGAGAAAAAUACUCCAGCAGAAAAGAUGUGGGCUGAUAUUGAUAACGAUAACGAAGGUGAAAUAGGUAAUCUUUUGGAUGAGACAGGAGAGGAGAAGGAUCAGCAACCGGAACAGGAAGCGGAACAGACAGUAGCGCCACCAAAGGUUGAGAGAAAUAUCACGCCGCCACAGUCAAAGCCUCAACGAGGUCGUGGUUAUCCUCGUGGACGUGGAGGACGAGGACGAAGAUCUCGUCGGUAAACUAUCGCUCCGUAAUCGGAAAACAUGUCUAGGAUUUAUUCUACGAAGCAGAAGUUGAUAACAAUUAUUCUACCUGUAUGUCCGCUUCGCGGAAUACUUGGCGAUGCUAAUUAUGUUUUUGUGUUGCGAUUUCGCACUACGAGACAGAGGAACAAUAAUUCCAAGUCCGGAGUAAGCGUAAAUCGAAUGCGGAUCCCUGUGCACACGGAGUAAUUGCAAUAGAGACUAAAGAUUCGUGGGCAAAGCUUUCUUCUUUUUUCCUUUUUUAUUCUUAUUUUUCUCAGUGCAAUUUUUUUCGGAAAUAACAUCACGACUGCUAAGUUAUUUCAGAUCGACUGUAAUGAUUAUCAGAAUAUAAAUGUUUCUACCUAUAAAAAUAAGCGGAUCAAGAGGUUGAAUCAAAUGAAUUAAGAAUAAGGUCUUAUCUUGAUUAUUCAAAUUAAGCGUUUCUCCUUUUUUUUUGUAUUGCAUCUGCAAUAUUUUUUAUCGUGUAAUUAAUAUCCACAGGCAUCAAUGUCAAUAGACAACAUGAAACAUGAUCUCUAAUCUUAUACUCUUAAUCUUACUGUUCAAGUGUCGCACUGUCAAAUACAUCCGGCCCAAUUUUUCUCUAUUUCUCUCUAUAUGAAAUUUAAUCAGAUGUUUCACUUUGACGCUGUAUUUCGACAUUUUUGUUGGUCGAAAGGCAACUGGAUGCCUUGAGUGUUUCAGAUUGAUUGACAUCAUUUAGAUGGUAAUCGUGCACCAUGAAUUUUACAAUGACUAAUUAUACAUAGGAAAUUUCAUUCCAACAGCAGAGAGUAAUUUUAUCGUCGAACUUCGUGUAUUGAUACUAUGAAAAAGAACGAAAUAAACAGUACACAAAAAUA